CUGCGAGCUCGGCGGCGGCGGCUGCUGCGUGUGACCGCGGGAGGGAGGGAGGGAAGGAGGGAGCGGCGGGGUAGAGGAGGGCGCGGAAGCGGAGGGGAGGGAGGGCUCCGCCGUUACCCCUCCCCGCCGCCCCGCGCACGCACACACACCCCACACAGGCACCGCGGCAGGAUGCCCUUUGCCCGGGGGGGCGAAGCCGGGAGAGCAUCUCGCCGCUGGGAGUGAAGCCGCCGCCGGGGCCUCCCGGCCCGCAGCGUGCGGCCGGAGCGGGGGUCGCCGGCGUUUUCCCGGACGCGCAGCCGGAGAAGGAGGAGGAGGGCGCAGCAGCAGCAGCCAUGGGAAGGAUUUGACAGGGCUCGGAGCGCUUCCCAGCCGCCCCGCGGCCGUGCCGGUGUGUCGGGGCGCGCGUCCCGCCCGCCGCCCCUUGGCGCAGCGGAGGAGAAAGGGGCGACGAUGAAGACUUUAGUUUUUUUGAAUCACUGAAAAGCCUUAAAAGGAGACUCGUAAUAAUAAUCAUUAAUAAAAGAAACCCCAAUGCAAACUGAAACAACCAUGUCUGGAGAAGUGCGUUUGAAGCAGUUGGAGCAGUUUAUUUUGGAUGGGCCAACUCAGACUAAUGGGCAAUGCUUCAGUGUGGAAACCUUGCUGGAUAUACUCAUCUGCCUUUAUGAUGAAUGUAAUAAUUCUCCUCUGAGAAGAGAGAAGAACAUCCUUGAGUAUCUAGAGUGGGCCAAACCUUUUACGUCUAAAGUGAAACAGAUGAGACUACAUAAAGAAGAUUUUGAAAUCCUGAAGGUGAUUGGUCGAGGAGCCUUUGGGGAGGUUGCAGUAGUAAAACUGAAGAAUGCAGAUAAGGUUUUUGCCAUGAAGAUACUUAAUAAGUGGGAGAUGCUGAAGAGAGCUGAAACAGCCUGUUUUCGAGAAGAGAGAGAUGUGUUAGUGAAUGGAGAUAACCAGUGGAUCACAACAUUACAUUAUGCAUUCCAGGAUGAAAACUAUUUAUACCUGGUUAUGGAUUACUAUGUUGGAGGAGACCUGCUUACAUUGCUCAGCAAGUUUGAGGACAGACUGCCUGAAGAUAUGGCUCGCUUUUAUUUGGCUGAAAUGGUGAUAGCUAUUGAUUCCGUUCAUCAGUUGCAUUAUGUUCACAGGGAUAUUAAACCAGACAACAUUUUGAUGGAUAUGAAUGGACAUAUUCGAUUAGCAGAUUUUGGUUCUUGUCUGAAACUGAUGGAAGAUGGAACGGUGCAAUCUUCAGUGGCAGUUGGAACACCAGACUACAUCUCUCCAGAAAUCUUGCAGGCCAUGGAAGAUGGAAAAGGGAAGUAUGGGCCCGAGUGUGACUGGUGGUCCCUGGGCGUUUGCAUGUACGAAAUGCUUUAUGGAGAAACGCCCUUUUAUGCUGAGUCCUUGGUGGAGACCUAUGGGAAAAUAAUGAACCACAAAGAGAGGUUUCAGUUUCCUGCUCAAGUGACAGAUGUCUCUGAAAGUGCAAAGGACCUCAUCCGAAGGCUCAUUUGUAGCAGAGAACAUCGACUUGGACAAAAUGGGAUAGAAGACUUCAAGAACCAUCCGUUUUUUGCUGGGAUUGACUGGGACAACAUUAGAAACUGUGAGGCACCUUACAUCCCAGAAGUCAGCAGCCCCACUGAUACAUCAAACUUUGACGUGGAUGAUGAUUGCUUGAAAAAUUCUGAAACAAUGCCUCCACCAUCCCACACUGCAUUUUCUGGCCAUCAUUUACCAUUUGUGGGUUUUACAUAUACAAGUAGCUGUGUGCUUUCAGACCGCAGCUGUCUAAGACUGACAGCUGGACCACCUUCCAUGGAUCUUGAUGCCAGCAUUCAAAGAACUUUGGAGGACAGUUUAGCAACAGAAGCUUAUGAGAGGAGAAUAAGACGUCUAGAACAGGAAAAGCUUGAACUUAGUAGAAAACUGCAAGAGUCCACCCAGACGGUCCAGGCUCUGCAGUACUCGACAGUGGAUGGCCCAAUAGCAGCAAGCAAAGAUUUAGAAAUCAAAAGUUUGAAAGAGGAAAUUGAAAAGUUGAAGAAACAGGUAACAGAUUCUGGUCAGCUAGAACAGCAACUUGAGGAGGCCAGCACUGCAAGGCGGGAGUUGGAUGAUGCUUCCAGACAAAUAAAGGCUUUUGAGAAACAGGUCAGAACGCUGAAGCAAGAACGGGAAGAUCUUAAUAAGGAACUGGCAGAGUCUAGUGACAGAUUAAAAUCCCAAGCCAAAGAGCUGAAAGAUGCACACAGCCAGCGGAAAUUGGCAAUGCAGGAGUUCUCAGAGAUGAACGAGCGGCUGACAGACUUGCACUCUCAAAAACAAAAGCUUGCCCGCCAGCUCCGAGAUAAGGAGGAAGAAAUGGAAGUGGUGAUGCAAAAAGUAGAAAGUUUAAGGCAAGAGUUACGCAGAACAGAGAGACUUAAAAAAGAACUGGAAGUCCAAGCUGAAGCCGCAGCUGCUGAGGCAUCCAAAGACAGGAAAUUGCGAGAGAGGAGCGAACAGUACUCUAAACAGUUGGAAAGCGAAGUAGAAGGGCUAAAGCAAAAACAGGUUGGUCGCUCACCUGGGGUAAGCAGUAUAGAACACCAGCAGGAGAUCACUAAAUUAAAGGCAGACCUGGAAAAGAAAAGUGUUUUCUAUGAAGAGGAACUAUCUAAACGUGAAAUAAUGCAUGCUAAUGAAAUAAAAAGUCUGAAGAAAGAACUCCGGGAUGCAGAGAGCCAGCAGCUUGCCCUCAAGAAGGAGAUCAUGAUGUUGAAAGACAAGUUAGAGAAAACCAGAAGAGAAAACCAAAGUGAAAGAGAGGAAUUUGAAACAGAGUUCAAACAGAAGUAUGAACGAGAAAAGAUUCUGCUAACAGAGGAAAACAAAAAACUUUCAAGUGAACUGGAUAAGCUCACCACCAUGUUUGAGAGGCUGAGUAUGAAUAACCGACAGCUGGAAGAAGAGAUGAGAGACCUGGCUGAUAAAAAGGAGUCCGUGGCCCACUGGGAGGCCCAGAUUACCGAGAUCAUCCAAUGGGUAAGUGAUGAAAAAGAUGCUCGAGGUUAUCUUCAAGCCUUGGCCUCUAAAAUGACAGAAGAACUAGAGGCCCUGAGAAACUCCAGUUUGGGUGCAAGAGCUACAGACAUGCCAUGGAAGAUGCGCCGCUUUGCAAAACUGGACAUGUCUGCAAGGCUGGAGCUACAGUCUGCUCUUGAUGCUGAAAUCCGAGCCAAACAGGCUAUUCAAGAUGAGCUGAAUAAAGUCAAAGCUUCCUGUAUCUCUACAGAGUGUAAAUUGCAAGAAUCUGAGAAGAAGAACAUGGAACUAUUGGCAGAUAUUGAAAGGCUGAAAAAGGAGACGGAAGAGCUUAGAUCAGAAAAGGGUGUAAAGCACCAAGACUCACAGAAUUCUUUCUUGGCAUUUUUGAAUGCGCCUACCUCUGCUCUGGAUCAAUUUGAAGAUUCCUUUUCCUCCUCUUCAUCCUCAUUGAUUGAUUUUAUGGAUGACAUUGAUUCAGUUGAGAAUUUUACAUUGUCUAAUACUCCAUCACGGGAUGAAGAUAGCAAGUCUCAUCUCCAUUCAAGAUCACGGUCUCCUUCUACAGCUAGUGAGAUUGAACCAAUUGAGGUUACAGAUCAUCCUCCCCGUUCAAUUCACACACCAACCAUGAGGACGGCAUAUAUUGGAUCGGGACUCUCCACACCAAAGCCUAAAGCCCACCAGUUUGUAGUGAAAUCAUUUAAUACACCAACAAAAUGCAAUCAAUGCACAUCUCUGAUGGUCGGUUUAAUACGACAGGGCUGUACUUGUGAAGUAUGUGGAUUCUCUUGCCACGUGACCUGUGCAGACAAGGCUCCUGCAGUGUGUCCGAUCCCUCCCGAACAGACCAAGGGACCUUUGGGAAUAGAUCCGCAGAAAGGCAUAGGAACAGCUUAUGAAGGACAUGUCCGAGUACCAAAACCAGCUGGAGUAAAGAAAGGUUGGCAGAGAGCACUGGCAGUGAUCUGUGAUUUUAAACUGUUCCUAUAUGAUGUAGCAGAAGGAAAAGCAUCCCAGCCCAGCGUGAUAGUGAGUCAGGUCAUAGACAUGAGGGAUGAAGAAUUUUCAGUGAGUUCUGUCUUGGCCUCCGAUGUCAUCCAUGCAAAUCGAAAAGAUAUCCCCUGUAUUUUCAGGGUCACAGCUUCCCAGCUCUCUGCAUCCAGUAAUAAGUGCUCAAUCCUGAUUCUAGCAGAUGGUGAGAAUGAGAAAAGCAAGUGGGUAGGGGUGCUCAAUGAGUUGCACAGGAUCUUGAAGAAGAACAAACUCAAAGACCGCUCAGUCUAUGUUCCCAAGGAAGCUUAUGACAGCACCUUACCCCUUAUCAAAACAACACAGUCAGCAGCAAUCAUAGACCAUGAAAGAAUAGCUCUGGGGAAUGAAGAAGGGUUAUUUGUUGUACAUGUCACCAAAGACGAGAUAAUCCGAGUUGGUGACAAUAAGAAGGUUCAUCAGAUUGAGCUAAUCCCAAGCGAACAGCUCAUUGCAGUAAUCUCAGGACGAAACCGGCACGUGCGGCUUUUCCCUAUGGCCGCCCUGGAUGGAAGGGAGACUGAGUUUUAUAAGCUGGCAGAGACAAAAGGCUGUCAGUCAAUAGUUUCUGGACACGUGCGCCACGGAGCUCUCACCUGCCUGUGUGUAGCUAUGAAAAGGCAGGUCCUCUGUUAUGAACUAAAUCAGAGUAAAACGCGUCACAAAAAGAUCAAGGAGAUCCAGGUCCAGGGGAAUGUCCAGUGGAUGUCAAUCUUCAGUGACCGUCUUUGCGUGGGCUACCAGUCAGGUUUCUUAAAAUACCCGCUUCAUGGAGAAGGCAGCCCAUACAGUCUGCUCCAUCCAGAUGACCACACGCUAUCAUUUGUCUCGCAGCAGCCAACUGACGCCAUCUGUGCAGUCGAAAUCUCAAAUAAAGAAUACCUGCUGUGUUUUAGCAGCGUAGGGGUUUACGUUGACUGCCAGGGCCGAAGAUCUAGACAACAAGAAUUGAUGUGGCCCGCAACUCCAUCUUCCUGCUGUUACAAUGCGCCAUACCUCUCUGUGUACAGUGAAAAUGCAAUUGAUAUCUUUGACGUGAACUCCAUGGAGUGGAUUCAGACUAUUCCUCUCAAAAAGGUACGACCCUUGAAUACAGAAGGAUCACUAAACCUUUUAGGCCUGGAGACAGUUAGAUUAAUAUAUUUCAAAAACAAAAUGGCAGAGGGCGAUGAACUGGUAGUUCCUGAGACAUCAGAUAACAGCCGGAAGCAAAUGGUUCGAAACAUCAACAACAAGCGCCGCUAUUCAUUCAGAGUACCAGAGGAGGAGAGGAUGCAGCAGAGGAGGGAGAUGCUACGCGAUCCGGAAAUGAGAAAUAAAUUAAUUUCUAACCCAACUAAUUUUAACCACAUAGCACAUAUGGGUCCAGGAGAUGGUAUACAGAUUCUCAAAGACCUUCCAAUGCAACAGCAAGGGCAGCAGGCCCGUAUGACACCACGUAAGGAAGGUGCUCGGAGGACUGGGGGUGACAAUCAGCGUUCCCCUUAUCAAUUCCCUCAUCAUCAUCACUCCCGUCUGAUCUCCUCUCCGAGCAACUUUGAGCACAUCUACCACAUGACUGUUAAUUCAGCCGAAAAAUUCCUCUCUUACGAUUCCAUAAACCCUGCAUUUUCCCCGCCUCCGCGCUCUGUCCUCGGUACUCCAGACUUAAUGACUCUGAGGAAUCUUCGGCCUCAGGAAAGUCGGACCAUGUUCAGUGGCUCUGUCAGUAUCCCAUCAAUCACGAAAUCGCGCACAGAACCAGGACGAUCGAUGAGUGCAAGCAGCGGGUUAGCAGCACGAUCGUCUGCACAGAACGGCAGUGCUCUGCGGAGGGAAUUCUCAGGAGGUAGCUAUGGAGCAAAGCGUCAGCCUAUGGCAUCGCCUUCAGAUGGUUCCUUGUCCUCUGGUGGCCUGGACCAAGGCAGCGAUGCACCAACAAGGGACUAUGAGCGAGAGGACUCUGACUCUCCGAGACACUCUACUGCAUCCAACAGCUCCAACCUCAGCAGCCCUCCCAGUCCGGUUUCUCCUCACAAGACCAAGAGCCUCUCCCUGGAGAGCUCUGACCACGUGAGUUGGGACUCAUGAACUGCUUCAGCAUUCAGAUUUGACAUCACAGCAGCUUGCUGUCCCCAUGGCUGUCCCCUUCACUUGCUCCAGUUCUCACCUUCAUCAUCCUAACCCACCCCAUUCCCUGUCUGAAAGCGAUCUGGGAGUGGGGUACUGGGGAAGGUAAAAGCUGGUUGACUUCAGCACCGUUCGGCGUUGCCUCACUGUCCCUUCCCCAGAACUGACAGCAGCGAACGAGCAAAGCUUAGGGUGUUGGUAAAUAUCAGAUGCUGUGGAUUUGUAUUAGUAUUGGUUUCAUUUUUGUGGUUACAGCUGCUUCAUUUUUAAAGACAUAUUUAUCCCACCCCCCUUCCACUUCACAAAAAGUAGCUUAAGUAGACCAGACCAGUAUCAACAAGAGAAAAUUCAGAGGGAUUUUGUUUCCAUACAAUAGCUCAUUGUACUGUACAAAAGUAGCACAGAGACCCCUUCCCCUGCAUGGGGAAUGAUCAGUAUGUCAGAGGCACAUAAAAGCUUUCAGCCACCACGUUUGAAUGUCAAUCUGAUUGUCGCCAGCAAAUCCUUAUUGAUUAAAAUGAUGCAUAUUUUACUACAGUACAGAGUUUAAAUAAAUACGCAGAUGUUAGAGUAAAAUACGUAUGUAUAUAUUCAAAGAAAAAAAAAAAGCAUUGUGUAUGCAGCAGAAGAUGGAUGCUUAUUUAAGAGAGCCUUUAAUUUAAGAUUUGUGUUGUCCCUGUUUUCAUGCUCGGUAAUAUACAGACUUGGAGGCCUGGCCUAAAACCUUUCGUAGGACAAAUAUUCCUUGUGCGUAGCGCUCGCUGCGCUGCCGGGAGAGGUCCCUGCAGUGCUUUCGCAACAUUUCUUUACUUCUGGCAUCAGCAUAACUGAAGCUAUAAUUCCUACUUUCCUGUUCAUCCCCAUCCUUUGCAAAAAUGACAACGAUGGGAAAGCAACCCCUUGCCCCAAAAUCCGAAGGCAGCGGUCGGCCCGGCGGCUGCGCUGGUUUCUCGUGCGCCGGCGGUGCGGCUGGGGAACCUCGCGGCGUGCCACAGUGGAGGUCGUUCAGGCAGCAAGGGAGCUCAGUGCAGCAGCGUUCAGCAGGAAAACUGUUUCCCUGCGUCAGUCUUUGACCAGGCUGAGCAGCCUUCCGCAUCUCCUUGACCAUCCCUCACCAGAGAACUGUUACCGUCGUUACCAAAUACUAGUUGCUAAUACACAUCGGCCAAAUGAGUGCCCUUAGCCCGCAGCUCGCUGUGGCUGGCUCUGCCGUCACUGUAGCAAUGAAGAACCUUGAAGACUGACCUCACACUGUUCACACUGUGGUAGUCGAAGAUGCCUCGUCACCCACAACUGCCGUGCUGGCAAGGUUGGUUUUCCUCUCUCUCCCCGACCCGUGCUUGUGGGUUUGUGCAAUUUGCAGUUGUUUCUAUGCGCUCACCUGCUGUUUGGUUCCAGUAGCAGGUCAGGUUGGAGGGCAGAAAGUAUUGUAGUGGAAGACAGAGCCCACUGAGGUUGCAAAAGUAAUUAAAAAGCUGAAGCUGGCCAUGCAGUCGACAGAAUAAACUGAGAGACUGAUGUACAAAUGGAUGGUAAGAGGAAGAUGUUUCUUCUCUUUAGUUAGCAAGGCAGAUGUGCUUUUCCUUUGGGAGUGCGUUCAAAUGAGCCUCUCUUCUCAGUAGUGUUGUCGGUGGCUUUAUACUAUGACCAUACUCAAACACAUAAGGGCUUUUUGUAUUUAGAAUACUGGUUUUUGUGGGUUUUGGAAGCUUGUUAUGGCUCUUACUAAACCAUUCCAUGUUCUUGCAGUACUCAGCAGUAUAUAAUGUUUCACCCACACAGAGGUGUUAGGAGUUUUCAAGUUUCUGUCUUCCCUAAUGGAAGUUAUAGGUAAGUUCAAACCAUGUACAGUAAUUUCCAGGUGUGAUCUAAAUGUGAAAUAGAGAGUGAGGCACACAGAUCAUUUAAUCCACUUAAUUAUGCUGGGUCUCCUAGGUAAGAUUUUCACUCUGAAUCAAGAGGCUUGUCCAAGUUUAAGCUCAUUCAAUGCUAUUUUGGGACAGGAAUUCCAGAAUUUUAUAUAAGAAACCAUCAUAUCAAAAGCCUGUCUCUCUCCUGUUUGGGUUUUUCAGGGUAGCAAGCUGGUUGUGUUGUUUUCACUUCGAAGCUACUACUUUUGCAAGCCUGGCAUUUAAUGAUAAAAGCUUUUGCAAAGGGCUAAGCACUUGAAAUUGAUCCCUACCAGAAUAGUUGUCAGUCUUUCUGAGGGACAGAUAGGCAGGGUGUUAUUGGCAUUAUUAAAAUUUCACAUCUGCUUCUUUAUAAAGGCUGCAUAUCGCCUCAAGUAUAGCCACUGCUUUUUCCCCACAGUUCCCUCCUGUUGGUGUAACACGUCCACACACUUUUCAAAGCCUUUGCAGACUAGUUUUGUAUUUACUGUGUGUUGUAUUUAAACAUUAAUCUUGUUUUGAUGUUGAGAGAAGGCCUUUAAAGAGCGGUCAUUUAAGCUGGAGCAGCCUGCAUGACAGUCCCCUGAGAGUGGGUCACAGCAUCGUAUUGGUAGUUUUUUUACAGUGGGGCUAAUGCUCUAUGUGAAAACAGAACCCAAAGAAUCACAACACAGCGAACAAUUAAGUCAAGUAAACCCCCAUGUUUACUCUGUUACGGUGCCUGCAAUCUAUUGGUAUCAGAACCCGGCAUUUUCAGGCAGUGUAGGUCAGCUGUGUUACACAACUGAGCUCCAGAGGAUGAGCGCGCCACAGGCCUACAUUGUUUGUACACCACAAUUUCUAAGCCUUGGCAAAUCUCCUUUAGGAUUAUUAUAUUUAAUCGUUAGUUUGGUACUGUGCAUUUUUAUACGCGUAUGUUCAAAAGAGAAGCAGCAACUGUUCUCUCAGUUGAAAAGCAAAUGACCGCAUCACUUAUGUGAAAAGAGAAAAAUUGUCAUAGGACUUGAAUCAUUUGGGAUAUUUGGGGACCAUUUGAUGAUACAUGCAAUUUUAAAACCACACGCAUCUGUUUUUGUUGGUAUGAACACUGAAAAAAACGCAUACUAUAGCUGAGCUUUUUAAAUACUCCUUGGGCUAGGGAAGGUAACUUGGUCAUUUGAACUGUAAGACUCUUGACUGGUAUCUCUCAGACAGCUGUCUCUUAGGGUUUGAUGUUUGCUGCUGCGCACUGCAGCAUCGCUUCCACGCCACAGUGAGCGAGAGGGCUGCGUUUUGUUCAGGGAGCUUCAAAUCUCCCACUGUGUUUCUGACCGUAGCAUCUGUUCUCUGUACACAGUCUGUAUCUAUCUAGCUGAUUUUUUCCUUUUGGCUGAGACUGAAGGUGUUAUUUUUGACACUGCUUAAUCAUAUGGCUUGUUGGGUUUUUGCAUUUUUAUUGCUUCUCUUUCGAUGGCAACAAAGGAUCUGAACAGAUUCAGGCAGCUACUAAGGAUUCCAGGUUAUAGAAUGAAUAAGGUUUGGUAAGUAGUUUUCCCCUGCACGUGUGCGCACACGGGUAUGUGGCUUCCUUCCACAUUUCAUAACCCCAAAGCAGGGUUAUAGCACUCUCUUCUCUGAUGCCUUUGACCUGUAGAAGACAGCUGGUGGUUUCAAAAAAAACACAACAUUCCUGAGGCUGUGGUGAAGUAGUCGCUUUUUUCCUCUCACUUAGUUGCUGUGGCUUGCUAUGAAUGUACAUUUUGCCCAUUUUAACGAGUUUCAAAACUGAGUCAGGAAUGUUAUCUUUUUUAUUCUCCUAAAAUUACAAGCCAGGUGUGUUAUUCUCAGGUAUACGGCAGAGGGAAGCUAAGGGUCUUGUCAUAAUAAAAAAAAGUCCAAAACGCAUAGAGUAUUUAUAGAAAUGUAGUUAAGCUGCGCCUAAGUGGUUCACACAGUAUCAGCCUUUCAAAACAAAACAGUUGGAAUAUUAACACAGAAACAGAUUCUGGCACCGUAUUGUCUUGCAUGGCCAGACCCUGAAGGACAGGACAAAUAUGCUCUUGGGUGGAGGAAGGGUGUGUUUUCCAUUUUACGCAAGCUGUUUAGUUUUAAAUGACUUCAUUAAGGGUAAAAUUUCUUGCAGUGGAAGUAAGUCCCCACACCUCCUCAGCCUUAGUCUGAGAAUCGAAGUGGCACAGAGUAGCUUCUGCUGUGUUGGGUUUUUUUUGGUAAUAGGAGUCAGUUCCAUGGUUUAAGUGGGACAACCUUCUGCACUAACACAAACUGCACCCUUGCGUGGGCUGUGUGUUCACACUGUAUUUGAUACACAACCCCCCCAAACCGCUCUGCUGCAGGCUUCCCAGCCUGAAUUCCAACUCCACUUUGUCUUUCAUUCCAGCUGCAGCUCAGUACAACCUCUUUUCAUUCCGCAUUUAAGAAAGUCUCAUCCACAGGGAAGAAAUCUACAAACCAACCAGUGUUGGUAUUUCAGAACAAUUAUACCUGCCUUUUUAUGUAUGACAGUUUCAUAUCAUUUAUUUUUAAAAUACGUUUUUUAGGUUUUUCAUUGUAAUAUUAUUGUACAGUUUUGCAUGGCAUAGAUGUAAUCACUUUUUUUUUGUUUUAGAGUAUAAAAGCUGACAAGUGUGCGUGUGGGGGAAAGAUUCUGCUUUUUGCCUCUUCUCACUUUUGUUUGAUGGCCUCAGUGUUGUAGGGGACAUUGUAAGAGAUUCUCUGCUACAGAACAAUGAUGUAGAUUCUUUUGCACAGAAAUAUUUAAGGUGGAAAAGUCAACAAUGUAAAAAUGACUUACCACCAAUAUUUUAUGUUGGUAACACACUUAAUAUUAACCUACUUUGAUGUACUGCAAUAAAACAGGGAACUGUUAGAAA